AUGAUACCUUCUAACACCAUUUGUGUGUCGCAAGAGGGUCCCGCAAAUGCGUUAGCCUUGAAUAAAGACUGUUCACAAGUAGUAAUUGCUGGAAGAAAUGUGUUUAAAGUGUUCUCUAUAGGCGAGAAUGACUUCUCAGAGGUGUGUAAUCUGAGAGUGGGAAAAAAUUUGAAUUUAAACUUUUCUUCCAUUGAUGUUGCCUGGAGUACUAUUGAAGAGAACACUCUAGCCACAGCAGCAACUAAUGGAGCAGUAGUUGUAUGGAACCUGGGAAAAUCUGGCCGCUCAAAACAAGAACAUGUAUUCUCUGAUCAUAAAAGAACAGUAAAUAAGGUUAGCUUCCAUUUGACUGAGCCAUCUCUCCUCAUCUCUGGGUCGCAGGAUGGUAUGAUGAAAUGCUUCGACCUUCGCAUGAAAGAGGUUGCUCGUACUUUCAUGAGCAAUACGGAGUCGAUCCGCGACGUUCAGUUCAGCCCUCACCAGGCGCACACGUUCGCGGCCGUGUCGGAAAACGGCACGGUGCAGGUGUGGGACUCACGGCGCAGCGAGCGCUGCCUGCAGCAGUUCACGGCGCACUCGGGGCCCGUGUUCGCGUGCGACUGGCACCCCGACGUGCCCUGGCUGGCCACCGCCUCGCGCGACAAGACCAUCAAGCAGUUCACGGCGCACUCGGGGCCCGUGUUCGCGUGGGACUGGCACCCCGACGUGCCCUGGCUGGCCACCGCCUCGCGCGACAAGACCAUCAAGGUGUGGGAUAUGCACGCCAAGCCCAACCUGGAGCAUACCAUUUACACGAUUGCCUCAGUCGGACAUGUGAAGUGGCGGCCUCAGAAGAAGUACCAGGUGGCGUCGUGCGCGCUGGUGCUAGACUGCGCGGUGCACGUGUGGGACGUGCGGCGCCCGCACGUGCCGCUUGCCACCUUCGCCGAGCACCGUGACGUCACCACCGCCAUCGCCUGGCUGUCGUCCGCCGCCUUCCUUUCCACCAGUCGGGACUGCAGCCUAUACCGGCACCGGUUCAGCGAGGCGGCGCACCCGGUGCUGUGGGCGAACCCGCAGGGCGUGUGCGUAUCCGCUCGUGGAGAGCUCGCGCACGCCACGCCCGAGUGCCCGCUGCCCGCGCUCGCCGCGCACCGCUGCCCACCGCCGCACCCGCCCGCGCCCGGCCUCGGACGUAAACAGCCGACAGCAGGAUCGCUGGCGCCGAGCGCACAGGCAGCACUGGAGCGCGCUUUCCCUGGCGGUGCGGCGUCGUCGCUGGCGCGCCACGUGCCGGCGGGGGGUGCGGAUGGUGCAGUGGGUGGUGCAGGAGGUGCGGGGGACGGAGUGCUGCGGUGCGCGCGGCUGUACCGCAUGCGCGGGCAGCCGCCGCACGCGCUCGCCGCGCACAACGCGCAAGUGGCGCGGGACGCGAACCGACACUGCGUACAUGGGAAAACAAAGCAAAAUUUGGAUAACAAAUACGUGCGCGUGAUUGCUGUUGACAUGGAACCUUUGCGAAAAGGAGAACAUGAAGGAUUUCGGGAUUUUGUAAAUGCUCUCGAUAGUAGAUAUGAAAUUCCUGAUACAACAAUAUUGAAAAAGAAAUUACUGCCGGAAUAUUAUGAAAACGUGAAACAGAAGCUCGUCAUAGCAUUAUCGAAAGCAGAACAUGUUAGUGUGACUACUGACUUAUGGACAUCAAUUGCAAAUGAAGGCAUCCUUUCAGUUACUUGUCAUUUCUUUCACAACGAAAAAUUAAUUGCACCAUUAUUGGAAGUUGUGAAGAUGGAAGGAAGUCAUAACGCAGAAAAUAUAGCCAGUAUGUUGGAUGCUACUCUCUCAAAAUGGGAUAUCAGGUCAAAAUGUGAAGCAAUAACGACUGAUAACGCUCAAACAAUGAUUAACGCCGCAGCCAAACUGCAUAUACGACAUAUACCCUGCUUUGCGCACACACUAAACCUGACGGUAAGUGAUUCGUUUGCUGUGACCUGCUUAGACCAGAUUCUGAAAAAAUGUAAAUCGAUUGUGACUUUUUUCAAGAUGAGUACUCUAGCUAGCGAUAAAUUACGGGCUAUUCAACGUGAAUUAAAUAAACCAGAACUGAAAGUGAUUCAGGAAGUACCCACCCGCUGGAACAGUGCAUACCACAUGCUGCAAAGAAUUGUUACAAUGAAGACAGAAUUAACUCUCGCACUUAAUGAAUGUAAUCGGGCUCCACCAGGAGUCAAUGCUGACGAAUACCUAAUUAUUCAAGAAACAAUUCAAAUUCUGGAACCUUUCGAUCUAGCUACAACAAAAAUUUCCGGAGAAAGCUAUAUAACAUUGUCACUGAUAAUACCAUUGAUUCGUGGAAUAAAAACGAAAUUAGUAGAAGUUGAAUCUCAAAUUGUUACUGAAAGCGGAAACAAAAUAUUACUCUGCAUGAAGGGAUCAGUUGACAAAAGACUAAGUCCCUAUGAAAGCAGGACACCUGUUGUACUUGCUACAAUAUUGGACCCCAGAUUUAAGAAGAAGGGGUUCAAAACAAGUGACGACGAGAAGCGAGCUGGUCAGUGGCUGGAAAAGGCCUAUGCUAGCCAUUUAACUAAAGAACGCUUGGCUGUAGAAGAAACGCAACCAACACCAUCCACGUCUUCAGGAACAUCUAAUGACCUGUUGGGAUUUCUAGACGUUCCGGACGUAUCGACCCCGUUGAGUAACUCAUUGGUAGAUGUCAGGCAAUAUCUCGAGAAGCCAGUGGCGCACGUGUGGGAGGUGGUGCGCGCGGUGUGUUCGGCGCGAGCGGCCGCCCGGCGCGUGCCCGCCCCUCCCCCGCCCCGCGCACCGCCGCCCCGUGCCGAUCCGCCGCCCGCCCAACCCGCAUACUGUGCUGUUGAAGAGGAACCCAUGGGAGAAGUAGAAGAAGAGUGGGCAGAGAAUCAGUUUCAUAACAGUGGCGUGUUGGGUUUACCUACUCAGAGUAUUUACAUCCCGCCCGCCAAGUUUGCCAAGCAGAUGCGCGAUGAUGAGGCAGGGUGUGGGUGGGUGUCGGCCGCGUCUGCGCACUACGUGGACGUGGAGGCGGCCGACUGGGCGCUGCCCGAGGAGGCCUUCCCGCUGCGCAGCGCGCCCCCCGCUCCUGACACGCACCUGCCACACCUGCCGCACCUGCCACACCCGCCGCCGCACCACUGCGACGAACACGACCUCGAUGCAGGUGCUGCGGGGGGUUCGGGGGGCACAGGUGGUGCGGGCGGUGGCGCGGGGGGUGGCAGCUCCUCGCCCGGCGGCUCCAGCUCGGGGGGUUCAGGAGGUUCAGGGGUCUCGGGAGCUUCUGCCGCUACGCACGAGCAAGCGCACAGGACCUACGGACACCAGAAUUCCAUCACUGCCGAGGAGGGAGAGGUGGGGGGACUGUGCGUGCGCGUCGGAGAGGAACGCAGUGCACGGCUGGACGUGGCGCCGCUGUUAGCCGCAGCGCUGCGCCAGCACGCGGACUUGGGCGAUGUGCAGACGGCCGCCGUCGUGUGCAUCGUGCUGCAGGAGCACAGAAAUGACUUGUUUUUGUAUAUCGAUGAGAGUCUGCAAGAACAGUGGCUACUUGGGUACAUCGAGCUACUACAUAGGCACAAGAUGUAUAAUGUUGCAACAGAGGUGGUGCGAUGUGCGUGGGUAGGAUGGGUGUGGGCGCUGUCGCAGCAGUCGAGCAGCGUGGCGGCAAGCUGCGGGCGCUGCGGACGGCGGGCACGUGGCCGCGCGUGCGAGCGCUGCGUGCCGCGGCGCGCGUGUGAGCUGUGCGCGGUGUGCCGGCGACCGGUGCGCGGGCUGUUCGCCUGGUGCCAGGGCUGCGCGCAUGGCGGCCACCUACACCACAUGCGCGCCUGGCUCGCCGAGCGUAGUCUCUGCGCCGCCGGUUGCGGACACCGCUGCCACCUGCCCUAA